GUCAUCCCACCGCGCCGCAAGCUGUCACUGUCACCCGGAAGAGACGUGGCAGGGUAGAGUGAGUUCUAAGGUGUGUGUGUGUACAUUCAGCAAUCCAUAGACUGUGAUAGACUGUGUGUGUGAGAUUUAAUAUCGAUACCGGAGACACGGGAGGAUACAGGAAGCAGGGACACUGGGGAGGAGAGCAUCCAGAGGAACACACUGGAGGAGUGAGGUAUGGGGUGGGGGGGAGAAUGCAAGGACUGCAUGUACAAUAAACCAUAAACACAGAAUGUAUAGGGCAACAACAACAACAACAAAGAAUACUACAAAUAUAACAACUGUAUAUAUGGGCAGCUGUACACCACAGACUAAGAUACAAAGAGUAAAAUAUAAAAAUAAACACAAUAUGUCCAUACGGUAAUAUUAAUAUUAUUAUAUUAUUUAUAUAGCGCCAUCAAAUUCCGCAGUGCUUUACAAUGGGCGGACGAACAGACAUCUAAUUGUAACCAGACAGGUUGGACACACAGAAACAGAGGAGUUGAGGGCCCUGCUCAAUUAGCUUACAUGCUAGAGGGAGUGGGGUAAAGUGACACAAAAGGUAAAGAUAGUAUUAGACUAAUGACAGUUGCAGAAGAGGAAUCAGUCAGGAGCUAUUAACAGUUUAAUUGAUACGCUUUCAUGAAGAAGUGGGUUUUUAUGAAGGAGUGGAGACUGGGUGAGCAUCUAACGGAGGAGGGAAGCGAGUUCCACAGGAACGGUAUAAUAAUAAUAUAACAAUAAACAGAAAAACAUUGUGUAUUUAAAUCUACUCUCACUGGAAUUAUAUGUGGGGAUGGUCAGCACAUGACAUGUUCUGCUCUGGAGUAUUUAUUAGAGGAAUCUCUAUUAACUAAUCAAUAAUCCCUGGAACCGAUUGAUCAGGUGAUUUCCUGUAUUAUUUGUAAAUAGUACAUGGCUAAACGGAAAACAAGGAAGGAAUAGAGUGUAUAGUAAAAAAAAUGGCGAUAUUUGCAAUCCCUAGAAUUUUUUUUUUUUAAUUUAAUUUCAUGAUUUUCAAUCCUUAAUUACACAAUUUUUGUGGAAUGACUUUGUUUGCUACAGUAAUUUUAUUCUUGGAAUCCCAUCCAGUCCAGGUCAUUACCAUGGAGGCAAACCUUUACCAUUCAUAUUUCAUUAAACCCCAAAGUUUUGGUUAAAAGACAGAGACUCGGCUUACUACCUACUUGUCCAAAAACCACUAAACACAAAUAAUUCCCCACUGUACGGUAGAUGGAUUGUCUGUUGGUUGGUUCAUUAAACAAAAGGUUACAGGACUUUUUAAAGUCCCAUUGAUCACUGUUUAGUGUGUUUAUCUCCAAACAGGAGCAUCUUAUUCUGGUCUGAUCUUACCCAUAAUAUCGUGUCCAGAAGGGUAUUAUCAGAUAAGUAGUCUGCCCGCAAAGCUCAGUUCAAGUUAUCUCAUAUAAUGAUUUUACCUCAAUAAAAAGAUAGUAGCUAUAUAAUAUCUGCUGUUUUUACGUUAUGUAAACACAGAAAGUGGCAAAAGUUGAAUAAUCAACCUAGAAUUAAAAGGGUUAUUUACUAAAGUUGAAUUUACGAUUUAAAGGGACACUAUAGGCACCCAGAACAAUUCAGCUCAUUGCAGUGGUCUGGGUGCAGUAUCUCCGUUUAAUCCUGUAAUUAUAAUGAAUUUAUGGCAGGAUUAACUUCACCUCUAGUGACUGUCUACCACAGUGGAGCCGACCCAGCGCUGAGGGACAUUGGCACUGGAUUCAUGUAAGUGAUAGAAGGGGUUUUAAUCCUUUAUGCACUGCAUGGGGAAAGAAGGGGGAUACUAUAGUGCUAGGAAUACAAUUUUGUAUCCCUAGCCUAUAGUUUCCCUUUAAGGGCAAUGCAGCUGAACUAGAAAAUAAAUAUCUAAGUCAGCUAUGCUUUCAGUUUAGCCUUAAAUUUAAAUUCUCACUUUCAUGAAUAACAGUGUAUGUGCUCUGGGCUACUUGAUUAACCCCUUAUCGCCGUUACGGCAUUCUAUGCCGUCCCCAUUAUAAUGUGCUUUAGAGCCGUUGCAGUGACAUAUAACGCCGUAACGGCUUAAACAGAUACUCACCUUCCCGGCGAUCUGCUUCGGGAGGACUGCCUGACAGCCCAAGCAGCCCUCCCCCGGCAAAUCAGGCCGUCCACAAAGAGCGAUCACAUGGCCCCCUAUAGCUGGCCGUGGAUUUGCCAGCAGGGGGAUUGUCUGUAAAAUCUGUUAAUAGGGGGUACUGUUGUACUCGUGAGACUUUGCUGAAUACAAAUAUGUGCAUUUUAUUGCAGUAAAAGCUAACAGUAUCAUGACAUUUACAGCUUAAAUGUCAGACGGAACUACAAUUUUUAUUUUAAAAAAAAUCUUAGUUUUUCACAGUUUGUUUUUUAUUUUAUUCAUAAUAAGUUAUGUUUCAUAUAUGAAUAAUUAAUGAGAAAUUAAAGCCCUGUUUCUCCUGAACAAAAUGAUCUAUAAUAAGUCUGGGUGCACUUAAUAUGAAAAAGGUGAAUUAUGGUUGAACAUACCUUAGGAAUAUUUGAGAAUGAUAGUCACAAAAUUGCCAGGUCAAAGAAACAAAAAAAAUAUGCAGCUAUAGUUGAGCGAAAUCAUUGAAAUGUUUUAAUGGAGACCUGAUGUAAAAGAUAAUGCAGUGAAAUUAAAACCUGAAUACACUAGGCUUUAAAUUACCAGUAUAUAUUGGUUAAAGAAACACUAAAAGGUCAGCAAGACAAACAUGUAUUCCUGACCCUUUAAUGUUAAAAACACCAUCUAGCCCCCCUGGCCGUCCCUCACCCCCUUAAAUAUAGCAAAAUCUUACCUUUAUUCCAGUCUGUUGCUGCUGGCUCUGCCCCUGAUCUGCUCCUUGGCUGGCAUAAUCAGAAACGAUGAACUCAGCCAAUUACAAUGCUUUCCCAUAGGAAAGUAUUGGAUUGACUGAGAUUGACAAGGAGGCAGGCCGGGGCAGAGCCAAACCCCAUGCUGACCAAUUAGCAUCUCCUCAUAGAAAUGCAUUGAAUGAGUGCAUCUCUAUUAGUAAUGUUUAGUGUCUCCAUGCAGAGGGUGUGCAGCACUGCCCCAGUAAGCACCUCUAGUAGCCAUCUGAGGAGUCGUCACUGAAGGUGUCCUUAGGCUGUAAUGUAAACAUUGCAUUUUCUCUGACAAAACAGUGUUUGCUGCAGGGACUGACUAUACUCCCCAAAACAACUACAAUAAGCUGUUGUUGUUCUGGUGACAAUAGUGUCCCUUUAAGGGUAAGGUGGUAGUUGUGGGAAGGUGACGACAAAUUAGCUAAAGCAAUAAAUAAAUUUUUAUGUGAGAUAUAGUAACUAAAAAAAACCUGUAAGGGGAGCUGAAUUCCCUAUAAUAUUGGUAUGAAAAUGUGAGCCCAUAGAUGAAGAUAUCUGCAAACAUGGAAGACUUAAAAGCAGUAGUGUACUAAGGAGGGGAGGGGGUGCCACUAGGAUUAGAAUUGCACUCUCCCUUAAAAAACUUGCAACAUCUGUGGCAUUGUGCUGUGUGAUAAAACUGCACAUUUUAGAGUGGCCUUUUUUUGUGGUCAGCCUAAGGCACACCUGUGCAAUAAUGAUGCUGUCUAAUCAGCAUCUUGAUAUGCCACAUCUGUGAGGUGGAUGGAUUAUCUCGGCAAAGGAGAAGUGCUCGCUAACACAGAUUUUAGACAGAUUUGUGAACAGUAUUGGAGAGAAAUAGGCCUUUUGUGUACAUAGAAAAGGUCUUAGAUCUUUGAGCUCAGCUCAUGAAAAAUAGGGGCAAAAACAAGUGUUGCGUUUAUUAUUUUAAGUGUAUAUUAGACAAUGUGACGAGUGCUUCUACAAUGUAUUCUGCCAUUGAUCAGAUAUUACCUUCGGUCUCUUUCACAGAAUCUUUGUUUUCUAUAUUUGUAAUGAUUUGCAUUGUGAAAUGUGUUGAGGUUUACACAUAUGUCCUAUCCUCUGUUCCUGCAAGCUAUAGAGACCAUAGCCAUCACUCAUUCAUCAAUCAGUCAAUAAUUCCUAAGAAGUAAAAAAUAAAAUAAAAAUCUUGUACCCAGUAGUCUUUUGUCCCUCAGGUUCACUGACUAGUGUUUAUUUCAGUUACCAAGUAUCACCAAUAAAGUGUUUCUUGAUUCACAAACAUAUGCAUACUUUCUUACAUUCAUUUUGGUGGACAUCAUCUGUUUAUGUAUGUAAUUUGUAUUUAUCCUUGUGUUAACACAACUUUUGUUUUCUGCUAUUGGUGUAUUUAGUAUGUUUGUUUUUUAACAGGUCUCUUUAUCACCAUGGGCCUGUGUAAAUGUCCCAAGAAAAAGGUGACAAAUCUGUUUUGCUUUGAACAUCGCGUGAACGUGUGUGAACAUUGCCUGGUAGCCAACCAUGCCAAGGUAAUUAUAGUCCAUCCUCAAAAAUAGUUGGGAUUGUGAUCAAUGCAGUGGUCUUUAUUGUGGUGGACACAUAUCAGGAAAGGGAGUGAUCAUUGCUGUUGUGUUACUAUUAUUAUUGAUAACUAUAUUUAGCAGGAUUACACCUUCUGAUUGUGAAACUCAUGUCUUAGAAAUGCAUGUUUUUAUUGGAUGUUAGCAAGGGUAAAUACUAUUAUUUUUAAUUGAAAAAGACAAUACUGGACCAAAUGAUCAUACUUAUUGGGAAGUAAAGCAAACACUUAUUUAAUGUAUAACUUUCGUGAUCUAUCUUCUCUAUUUUAAUGUUUUUCUCUUUAGUGCAUUGUCCAGUCUUACCUCCAGUGGUUGCAGGAUAGCGAUUACAAUCCAAACUGUGUGCUCUGUAACACACUUCUGUCCUCCAAGGAGACCACUCGGCUUGUAUGUUAUGGUAUGAAGCUUCGCACUUUCAAGUCUCAUUGCAAGGAACACAGAGUUUGUCACCUCUACAUUUCCAAAGAUUAAACAUUAAUAUUUCUGUUGCUCCAGAUUUAUUCCACUGGUCCUGCCUGAAUGACUUAGCCUCUCAGCUGCCCCAAAACACGGCUCCUGCUGGAUAUCAGUGUCCAAGCUGCCAAGGACCUAUUUUUCCCCCUGCCAACCUUGUAAGCCCUGUGGCCUCCACCCUGAGAGAUAAACUCUCUACUGUAAAUUGGGCAAGGACUGGGCUGGGCCUCCCUUUGGUAAGUAGCUAAUACAAUUCUGAAAAAAUAUCAACAGUAAAUGAUGUCUGCUUUGGAGCCUUGCUCACUGGAUACAUUUAUUCUUUUAUAUUUUCCUCUAGCGUGUGUAUACUCAGUUUUCUCUUAAUAUCCCCUAUUUAACUGGCCACAAUGCAAUCUUCCCUCACUAGUUCACCCCCUGGUUUCGCUAGUUCCCUCACUAGUUCACCCCCCCGAUUUUACUUAACCAGUCCUCUUAUGUCACUCUUUGUUACAUUAACUGCCUGGUUCCUCUUUGGGCAGCAUGGACGGCUCUGCCUGCUCGCGGCAUGCGCUGGUAUAUAAUGUAAGGACGCAAUACAUCACUUUUGGUUCACGUCCAUCCAUGUCAUCCCUGAGACCUUGUUCACUCAUGUUGUGGGAUCAUAGAGAUGGUGUGGACCAAUCAGCGAGUCUCUAAUCCGAUAAAUAACAUUUCUUGUCCCACAGUAAGUGGCCUGUCAUGGUUUCCUCCUGUUUGGCAGUAAGCACAUUUCUAUUGCCAUUUUGACUCUUGGUUUUGACUUUUUUUUAAAUUUUUUAAUCUGGUCUAUCUCUGUAACCUGGACCUAGCUAGUUUACUCAUUCUCCCGUAUCUCUGUUAUCCUGGCUUGACAUAUCUUUUACAAAAGUUCUCAGUGAAUACAUUAAGUCUGACCACUCUUUGAUCCAGUAAUAUGUUCUGUUUUGUUUUCUUAUAUUUUAAGUUUUGUGUGUUAGGGUAACAUGACACACUUUUUUUUACAUUUUAUUUUUAUUUUUUUACAUGAAAGUAGAUUUGGUUUAAAGGAAUACUUCAUAUAGAUUUAGAGGGUAUACCUUCAAAGAUAAUAUGCAUGUUUUACUUGGCAAUAUAUAAAAUCUAGUCUUGCAAUAGCGGUAGAUGUAUAAUCUGCAGAUACUACAAGCCUUUUUUUCCAGGAAUAGCAUGUAUACAAUAGAAAAAUAUGUCUCACGUAACACAAAGCAAAAUAUAUUGCAUAGAUAUGGAUACUACCUCAUUUUACAAACAGUUGAUUAAGGUGUCUCAAAAGCAACGUGAGAAUAAAUUAUUACUGCUAUUAUUAAGAUGCCUUAUGGGACAGAGUGUAAAGACACAUGGUAAGAUAUUAGACUCUUAGAGGUACCAACUCAAUUAGCCAUAAGCAGAAUUAAGUAAGUUAUUUAGUGAGCCCUGAUUGCCAAAUUAACAGGAGAAAAUUGCCACUGGAUAGCAUGAGUACAGUACAGCUGAUAUUCUUUGUGAGCAUAUGAAUAAAAUAAAAUAAUAAAAAAAAAAAAAUCUCUACUGUAGAGGGGAUCUGCUGCCCACUCAGCCGAUGCCUGCAUAAGGAUAGCCACCAGGAAACUGGAGUGCAGCCAAUACGACAAGGUAGCCACACCACCCCUCUGCCUUAAUACAUGCUAUAAGCACGGUAAUGGAUUUGCAGCUAUGAAGCGCAGGUUGCGGCAUCUGCUUGCGUCUUCACACCUGCAGAACAGUGCAGAAACAGCCCUGCAUCUCCGAUCAGCAAACAGGAUCUGGGAGGCUUUAGCUUGGAACACAGGUAUGAAUUACACCCGCAUAUUGCACGCACAGGCUGUCAAAUGCUCGAAGAAGCAGGUCCACCUGGAAGGGCGGCUAUGUGUAGGCUUGUGGGGCAGCAGGCCACGAUGUAACAGCCAUCUUGAACAGUGAGCCUUCUGCUUAUAUUUGCAAAACCCUCUUAGAGUAGGCCAUGAGAGUUCACCAGUGGGGACCGCGAUAUCCCCUGCCAGGCCAAGGGGGAAGAGGGACAGGGUCCAGUGACAAUCUGUCUCCUAACCAGGGCAGUGUAGUUGCCACAUAUAAAAUAGUUUUGUCGAGGAUGCAGAGCCAGCAGCCGUAAGAGUUGGACGCAUGUAGCGGGAGCUCCGCUCAGAUUGCCCGAGAGUUGCUGCACCCAGUCCUUUUACCCAGUUUCCCAGGUCCCUGCAAUGAGGCAAUUUCCUCAGGAACCCAUGGGCAAGAAAACCAAAAAACUGCAGGCCGAACCGAGCCACAGAUCCCGCGAUAUUAAGACAUUCCUGCACGAGCCUGCUAGGCCCAAACCAGACAAAAUAGUGCCAGUGGAGUCCUCAGCCUCAUCGGUUGAGGAAAGCUUACCUGAAAGGCUCUCUAUAGUCCCAAGAACACCUGUGGUGCCCCGGGGUCCCCUGCAGAAUAAGGCCGAUAUUAAGGCUCUCCUGCAGGAGCUCAGAGCGAUGUUUCAGGCAGAUGUGGUGGCGGUGAAGGAAGAAGUGGUUACACUGGCCAGCAAAAUUGUCACGGUAGAGGAAGAGUUGGGAACCAUGAAGGUGGCACAAACCGCCACAGAUGCAGACCUUCACAUCAGAAGGACAACUCAGGCCUUCAUCGGCGCAUAGCAGCCCUGGAGGACAGGACCAAGACCAGGAAUGUCAGACUAAGAGGAGUACCUGAGACUGUCGCUGCAGAUGAGUUGCCACACUAUAGUAGACGGCUUAUAGCUACUCUGCUACCACCUAAACAGGCCAAGUUGACGAUGAUGGACUUUUCCUUCCGUCUACCUAAACCAACUAAGACCCCACCGGAGACCUCUAGAGAUGUUCUCAUAAAAUUUGUGCUGGACUCAGAAUGAGGAAUAAUUAUGGGGGCAACGAGGAACACUCCUUCAAAGAUCUUCGAAGGUGGUACGCUUACCUUCUGUCGGCAUAUGUCCCGACACACAGUCCUAUGGCGUCAGUCCCUUUGACAGCUCACCCAGUACCUAUGGGAACAAAACGUGCCCUUUAAGUGGGGAGUGCACCGUCUUCUUGUGGAUAGAGAUGGCAGAACAUGCUGACUAACACACCUCUCCGAGGCAUCCUCCAUGCUAUGGGAACUGGGCUUACCUGAUAGAGCAUUUCCUGAAGCACGGAGCCAGUUGUGGGCUGUCGACGGGAUAAACCUGUUCGUUCCUCGAGCAGCAGCACUGAGAACCAGAGACAUUCCACCAUGAAGAGUGUUAUCAUUCAGUCCUGUCUCCCUGCAUGCAUUCUUCCACCCCCAAACCCGAGCCCAUUACACUGUUGACGGCUGACGGGUUUAGCACACUGCCAGGAGGUAUUUAAUUAGCACACAGUCUGUACAGGCAUAUUUACCUCAUAUCAUAGCUGACAGACCGUUUUAAGACACGCUAACUUAAACAUCACCUGUAACCCUACCCCAUACCGACUUAGGUGUUUUUAAACACGGGUUCCAAUUGAUGCCUAGGCUAAUUUAACUUAAGCUGACUCUACCUACACAUUCUACACAAAAUAUAUUGUGCUGUACCUUUUGCUAUGGCAAAUGUAUAUCUCAUUGAUGUUAAUCAAUAUUGCUGCAGUCAUGACAUUGCAAACUAUGUAUAAUGGUUUAUAGCAUAACAAAAAUAAAGAAUGUAAAAAAAAAAAAAAUUGUUCUGUCAAUUUUAUUAGGCUUAGGGAGAGGGUUUCUCUGAGGAACUCCAGCCACAUGCGACUAUCUCAGUCGGCAGUCAGGUCUUGCCCCCGAAAUCGCCACGAUAAAAUGAAACAAAGUGGAAGAAAGCUGAAGUGCUUUAUGUGUUUUGGAGUGUUUUUUUUUUCUUUUUCAAAUGUAUGAAUCUGUGCAGUGGAGGUGUCAUGUGUUGUGUUUUGCUUCCUGUGCUCUCUCCCUUUAAUUAUUAGAACUAAUGUGACCUAUUUUUAUCCUCCUAGAUAGAAGAGGUGGAGACUGUAGACGAGGUAGCAGCACACGAUGUUACAGACUACAGGGAUUGGUCUGUUGUAAAUUGUAAGUUUGUCAUCAAACUUGAAAAACUGGUAUUGCUUUUAACUACCCUCUGAAUCUUUGCUCCUUAGUUAUGACAUGGCCCAAAAAGUAUUAAUAACCUGGGUGUACCAGACAGUUAUCUAUUUAUAAAUGAUUAAAAAACCACAACAAACUUUUUAAUAUUUUUAAAAAAAUAACCCAACAUGCGGAAUUGUUUUUGUCAUGAUAAUGCACUUUGUGUACAAACUGCACUGUUUUUGAGCCAAUGUAGAUGACAGAGAUCAUAAAACAAGAAGAAAUGCUGAUCUCUAAUGUCUAUCAUGUAGACAACAUAAAGCCAGGGUCUUUUUUAAAUUUAUUUAGUUUACUUUGCAAAAUUAUUUCGAUGUCUCCGGUUUCAUUCUGCAGGUCUCUUGACCUGUUGAAGUUCCUAGGUAUAAAGCUCACUUCUGACCCUUCUGAACUUUAUGAACCCAACUAUCCCUCAUUGUUUCAGGUGUGAUGUGGCCUGGACCUUCCCUUCCUGCAGCUAUACUAUUUUGCUGCUAGGCUGGCUCAAAUUCACACUUGGUAUUGCCCCAUAGGAGUGAGGUGGUGGGAGGAUUUGGAACUGUGAUGGGAGUGCAAUAUUUGCAUAGCGUCUGCCAAGGAGUCUAUUUGUGUUGUGCAUCAGGAGUAGGCUUCCAAGAUGCACAUGAGUUGGUAUAUACUCCGGCACGAUUGACCCAUAUUGGAACAGUUACUUCAGAUGAUUAUUGGAGAGGUAAUGGGAAUUUAGGUGUUUUUUUCCAUAUGUGUUUGGGCUGCCCAAAGGUGGUUAGGUCCUGAGAUUUAAUACAAUCCAUCUUAUCAGACAUUCUCUCCAAGCCAGGGAAUCAUUCCCUUUGGGUUUCCUCAUCUUGAGAUCUAUAGACUCAUUCACACAAAAAUUGCAGGAUUGUCAAUAUUGCGCUGAGAUGAAGUAGUCUGGGUGUGUAUAGUGUUCCCCUUUAAAGGGAUAGUAAACCCUAUAUGAAUGUGUUGUUUUUUGUGGGGGAUUUUUUUUUUCUUGUUAUUGAUGGUAAAAAAAUAUAUGAUAUAUACUUCUAUUAUACCAAUACAUUGUUUUCUGUAUCCUUUUUUUUUUUUUUAGCCUCUUCUGAUCACAUGCCAGAAGCUGUGGAGAGAUCAUCACAGUCAGGAUAUCUGUACAAUUCUGCGCCUGCUGCUGCUACACAGCAUGGUAAUACUGGAGGCACAUCUCAAGACCAUACUGUCAUGAUUGGAAACACAGGGGAUGACAAUGUCGGCAUGAGCGCAGGUGAGUUUGCAAUGGCAAAAAAUAUAUUCAUGUAGUAACCCUCAAUGGAGGAGUCAGUGUGUAGAUACUGGAUUGUAGAUUCCAUGCAGCGGACAGAGACAAUACAGCUGUCACAGAGUUUCCAGAUGUGAAGGACAUUCACUUUUUUUUUUCUUUUUUUUUUUGCGGGCAGCUCUGUUCUUAAUAGUUUAUAUUGGAAGUGAAAGGUCAGUGCAAUUAAACCAUUGUGCACAUAAGGAAGCUGGAGUGUUUUUUGUUCUGUUAAUCAUAAUUAUCCACACAAAAUAACUGCGCAAGAAAAACACAAAGGUCAAGUACUAAUUUGUGACAUUGGAAUUUAGGAUAAAGAUACAUAGAGGACUUCUGACGAAAUAAGGGGUAAUUCCACAUGUAACUGUAAUUAAACAAGGAUAUGUAAGUGGAUUCAGAACAAGGAGAUGGAGUAUAUAUUGCAAAUCAAGUUGCAAACAUAAAUUUGUCGCUGAUGGAAGCGUAAUGGAAAAAUAUUUGGACAUAGGUGAAAAAUUGGGCAUACCUUAGCACUGGAUGAUAAACUUGUUGUUUACAGCUACUUUAUUAACGUGUGUUUUUAGCUUCCAUCCCUAGGAAAGUAUAUGACACUCGAGAUGUUGCCAAGAGUGAAGACACACUGAUUGACUUUGACGAUGAUAAAUAUAGAAGAAGACCGACAUUGAGUUGGCUGGCCAGAAUACUUCGGUUAGUGGUUUGUUUGGUUUUUGUUUUUUACUUUGAGGUAUGGCUUAAUUGGUUUAUCUUAUAUAUACUUAUAGUUAUAGAUACUUACAUUCUGCAUUUUUCUCUCCUACAGAAACCGUUCAGGUUCAAAGGCACGGCCUACCUCCACCAAACAGCGUUUUCUCAUUAUUCUAAUUAUUGGAGUUUUGGGAUUUUUUACACUAAUCCUAAUUAUGUCAAAAUUGGGCAGAGCAUCAGCUGAUAAUGACCCUAAUCUCGACCCCCUUUUUAACCCUCACAUCCGUGUUGGACAAGAGUAGGGGAGAAUGUAAAAAAUGCAGGGCACCACGAAAAGAUUCUAGUGUGCCCCAUCCCAAUCCAGACUCACAAAGAGGACCAAGCAGACCCCAAUCUGGAAAUAUACCUUGUAAGAUGUUGAUUACUUUCUGUAAUGAGACAUCAGUAGACCAUGCAUAAAGAUUGCAGCUAUCAAUAGCUGACUUGGCCAGUUGAAUAUUUAUUCCAGCAAUUUAAGCAACGGUUUGGCCCGCUAUAGAAGGCAAUGUGGAAUUCUGGGCUCUAGAAGAGGAGCUGGAGAAAGACGUAUGGCUGUCAGGUGGGUUGUAAGACCUGGCUACUCUAGGAAGUGCUCAAAUCUACCAGGUCUAGCUACUCUAAGACUGACACAUAGGACCUGGUGUUUAUAAAAGAAGAGUAUUAUGUAUGAUAGAUACAUGGUAACAAUUUGUACAGUUUCUCAAACUCUUAAGAAAUUUACACUCAUCUCAAACACCCAUCCAUUUAUUUUGGAUUCAAAGCAUUUUUUUAUUUUUAUUUUUUUUUUACCUUUUUUUUUUUAAUUUGCUGCCUAAUAAAAUUCUUCCAAUUCCCUUUCUGCUAUUAUUUUAUAAUUGUUCCAGGUUUCAAGCAAUUCAUUUAUAAAUUAAGGGACUGUUUUUAAGCAUUAUAGUUUUAACUUUGGGCAGACAAUCUGAGGCAAAACCUUAAAUACAUUACGUUUUGGGAAUCUAAGAAGACUUGCUAAAUCCAGUAGUGGAAAAAAAAAAAGUAUCCCUGAUCUUUACCACCAUCUUCUCUUAAACUAUUGGCAGCAUUAACAGUAAAUAAUAUGUAAGAAACCUCUGUACAAAAUCUUGCACCACAUAAAAACUUAAGCAAGGUCUUUGCAUGCAUGCAUAUCCCAUGCAGGCAGCUAUUGUCUAGACCAGUGUUCCCCAACCCAGUCAUCAUAGACCACCAACAGUGCAGAUUUUGUCAGUAUCUCCAUUGGAAUAAAACGGAAAUACAUAAAUCCUGAACUGUUGGUGGUCCAUGAGGACUGGGUUGGGGAACACUGGUCUAUAACAUCCGAAUUCAUUUAUGGACAGAAUAACCAGGAGAAUUGCUGGUUGAGCCUUUGGUUAGCAGUCGUACUACAGUUGUUCAUUAAAUAGUCUAUAGAUGUUUUAUCUAUAACUUGAACUAAAAUAUAAAAUAAAAUCCCACUGUAUGUAGCAGACAAUUAGUUUGUUUUUUUUUUUUUAAAUUUAAUAAAAUUACAUUCUCUGUUAAAACACCAGAAGCCUUAUGCCCACUUAUGUAUUUCAAUCCUUCCUUUUUUAAUUAUCCUUUAUUUUGCCUAAUUGUAGUGCAAUACCAGUAAAAUAGUCUUUACUUUUACACACACAAAUUUUGGAAAAUAUAUGUACACAGAAUUUGUGGUAUUGUGGGUGAGGGGGAGGGGGGGAAGAAAAGCAAUUCAGAUACCCUUUUACAAAAAUCCGAGAUGCAAUAUCUUUUCUAGUAGGAACUUAAAUACUUCAUAUAAUGUCAUACUCAUGUUAGUGGACAGUAUGUAUAGGUCUACCUUUGCUAAAUAAACAGGACAUUCCAUACUGCCAAAGGAUCUUUAAAAGGACACUAUAGCCAUCCAAACAACUUUAGAUAAAUGGAGCAGUUUUUGUGUAUAGAUCAUACCGUUGAAGUCUCACUGUUCAAUUCACUGCCAUUUUAGGAGUUAAAUCACUUUUAUUUCUGUUAAUGCAUCCCUAGGCACACCUCCCCUGGCUGUGACUGACACCGUUUGUUCGAAAACAAAAUGGUUUAAUUUUCAAUCAGAUGUAACAUUUUAAAAGUUUUUAUUUCCUGCUCUGUAAAUUGAACUUUAUUCAAGGUCUAGAAUGCUAUUAACAGAUCAGGAAAUAAGAAAUGAUCAAUUAAACAGAAUUUAAAAUAAAGGAAGUGUAAACAUUAGAUGACUCUUUGCAGGAAGUGUUCAGGAAGGCUGUGUAAGUUGCAUGCAGGGAGGUGUGCCUAUGGCUGCAUAAACAAAGUGGUUUAACUCCUAAUGGCAAAUAUUUGAGUAGUAAGAUUGCAGGGAGAUUUCCUAUACACCAAAGCUGCUUCAUUAAAAUAAAGUUGUUAGUGACUAUAUUGUCCCUUUAAGGUGCACAGCUUGAUGAUGGUUUGGAAUAUUACUGAUCUUUGAUGGGUUGAAAUGAGUAACUGUCAAAACAUCUCUGUAUAAACAUAAGCAUAUAUUGUUUUUGUUUACUUUGAGUUCAGAUAUGUUAGUUAACUUCCACAUUCUUUUAACGUAACAGCAAUGCAAACGAAAGUGGCUAUGGCGUCAAUCUGAUUUAUGUAAAUACAGAUAACUGAUUUCACUUCCUUGUAUUUGUCAGUUAAAAAAAAAAGGAAUUGUCAGCACGCAAUUCCAGUAUUUUGUGGCCUUCGUGUGAUAUCACAGCAGAAACCAUGACACUAAUUAAGAGCUAGGACCAUUAUAAAGGAAUGGCCUGCUAUAAACUCUGUUUACUCAGAUGUCCAUAUCACAGAUGUUUAUUCAAUACAGUCAAUAUAAUGUUUUCAAACUGCAAACCUCUAGCAAUUCCACCAUAUUGCAUAUAUUAUAAAUAUGUUGGCAGUUUUACAAGGAGAAUCCUAAUGUGAUUUAAUACCAAAUGUUUUCUGGAUAUCUCAUCUCAUCUGUUUUUCAUCUGGCUUCACGUCCUGUUAAAAUAACACUUUUCCUAUGAAUAUAUUAUAAUCAAAUAUAUUCAGAGCAAUAUACGUAAUGUAUUUACAAUCCUAAACAAUUAACAAAUUGCUUAUUCUGAAAUAUUUGUUACUGUAACUAAAUGAGUUAUUGAAACAUUUUACAUUUAUUAUUCAUCCUGUUUUAAUAUACAUGUGAUUCAGAUUUAAAAAAAUAAAAAAUUAAAUUAAAUACAAAUUUCUAGAUGGAACCAUUCAACUAAGAAUUUCAGCAUAAUUACUAAGAAUUAAGAGUGGUAGCUAGUAAUACUGCAUAUUUUUCGUCUCCCAUUUUUUUUUAAUUAAAGAAACCUUCUCUAUGAUACUAUCUCUCUGUUUAAAUACUAUCUAACAUUCUGGUUCAUUUUGGAUCAAAACCAAAGAGUUGCUGUUGGUUUAUUUUACCACACUUAGGUUUUAUACAUUUGAAGUGCAAAAGUAAUGACUAAGCAAUUAAAAUAUUCCUAGUGCAUUUACUCUAAUAGGGAACUGUUAUCUUUCAUUGUAUUGCAGUUGUGAUAAAUUGUAUUUGCAAAAGAUGCUACUUCUUGACUAAUUGUGGUUUAUUCACUAAACAGCCUAUAGUGGUGGGUUGACAGCCAGAUUAAAAAUAUGUUUAAAAAUCACCAAACUGGAUACAUAUCUCCAAUUCUUGCUGUAGAUGUUGUUUUAGCCCAAACUAUAAGUUGGUUAACACCGUUGCCUUCUAGGGCAAUGUUCUUCAAAUCUGUUCAACAGGGCCAGAAUUGUUUACUGGUGGUGCAACAGGAGUCUCGGUGAAAAUAACUGGUUAGCUUACCUGUGCUGAAACUGUGAUAUCAUGACAUUCUGGCCUGUUUGUGACUGGGUACGUUGGGAGUCAAUCAAUUAACCCUUGAAACAGGCUUUAUGUGUGUAGGGUGUGUUAUUUUUCAUUUAUUUUAUUGUUUUGUUUUUUACAAGUGUUGAUUUCAAUAGAAAUCGGCAUUUUGAAAAUUGAACCCCGCUAUACCACUCUGACUGUUUUUCAGACAGCCAGGAGCUGGAGUUAAACUCAAAGGCACGUGUCCUCAAAGAGUGCCUGCCUUGAAAGACUUAUCGAUAUCCUGUAGCACAGCUUAUUGAGAGAUCUGUGACUGAACAGACACAUGCGUGCGCAUCUUGUCUGCAAGGCUUCUCUGUGAGAAGCCUCUAAUUGAUUAUCCCCUGACAGAUUCUUCUGGAAGAAGGGGAGGGCUUUCCAUAGCUGCAGAUAGUAGAGCUGCAGCUAAUGCAAGCCAAGAUUUCUUAUAUCCCAAUGAAACCAUGCAAAAAAAGAAUUGUGCAUGUUUCCUUUGAGGUCAUAGCUACUAAAAUGUUAACAUAAUUCCUUUCAUGAAUAAAAAGAUGAUAUAGGAUUUCUUGAACUGUAACAUUCCCCAUGGAAGUUCCCCAUGGAAGUUAAUGAAAUGUUCCGGUAGAUUGUGCCUUUUUCAGAACAUUGCCCUUGAAUGUCACUUAAUAUGUAACCACCAUUGUUUUUCCAAUGUUUUACGAUGCUUUGCUCAACCUUAUUAAACUUAAUGGGCUGAAAGGCACAGUCCAUCCAUGCAGGGUCUAGCAUUGUGUUUGGAAUUCUUUUAGAAUAUAUCUGUUUACUGUACAGACCACAAUGUCAAGCUAAGGGUAUGUAUUACUGACUGCCCCUUUUACAUCAUAACGAAGGGAUGUAGGAUGUAUUCACUAAAUAUCAGCUUGUGUUAGAUACUUUUUCCAGAUUAGCACAUUUUGCCUAAAUUAUGCAAUUUAUGUUUUAAUUCACUAAAAUUCAGUAUUUGGCAAAUAGACCAUUUGUGCAUGAACUACUCGAAGAAAUUCAGUUUAUGAUCGGAGCACAUUAGGUUAUGUCAUGACCGCAUGAUGUCAGAAAUUAUGAUGGCACAAUAUGUAAAAAACAUGUUUAUGCUCUGGCAAGUUGUCCCAAACACUGUUAAAAUCUGCGAUAUUUAUAUUCCUGAUAAAUAAAAAAAUUAAAAACAUCAGGCUUAUUUACUAAAAUUAGAAAUUGAAGUGAAUCUUCAAUGUAAUGCCAAAAUAGCCAAACUGGAAAAAUUCUCAAAGUCAGCUAUUCUUUCAGUUCGACUACUUUGGCCUUACACUUCAAAUUCACUUAGAUUUCUCACUUUGGCAACUGACUGCAUGUGUUGAAGUUUGAAUGGGCACUUAGAGUUCUUUAAAUAUUUAAUUUCAGAUCUGUUAUCUAAGGCACUGUGAUGGAAAUCAUUUUUGAAAGGUUUUACAAUGCCAAUUAAUUAUUUGUAUUGUAAUAUAGAUCCUUGACAUCACAUAAUGGCUUAUUCGGGUUUGUAAUAAUUAAACACUGGUGUAAUAUUUAUUUGUUUGAUUUAAUAAACUUAACAAAAGUCUACAGUAAUGUGUUCAAGUUUACUGAUUGAUCUGUGAUCUGUGCUACUAAGCUAAGGCCUACAACAUUUUGUGGAAUAUUUUAACACUGACCAAAGGUCAAAAGGUUUACAUUUUGGGUGGAAAAAUGUCUGUUUGGCUAGAUUUACUAACAUAACUUUACUAACUUUGUAAAAGUGCUUUCUAAUGCCAUGGAGCAUCUAGUUGAUUAACAUUAUUGUCUUUAUUCUAUAUGUUUAAAUGUAUUUGAUCAUAUUGACAGAAAAUGUGAUAUUUAUGUACCACAAGUGGAACACUAUAUUCCUUUGCAACCAUUUGAGUUAUUUAAAAAGGCUCC